AACGACAGACAACGGCCUGAUAAUUUAUUGGUAUUGAGCAUGCCUUUUGUUGACAUCGGUUGUAAUCUAACCGAUCACAUGUAUCAAGGAAAGUAUAAUGGGAGCCAGAAACAUCCGCCGGACCUGGACAGGGUCCUAGCACGUGCAUGGGAAGCGGGGUUGAGCCACAUCAUCAUCACAGCUGGUACAGCCAAUGAGGCCCGUACAGCAUUAAAUCUGGCAAGCGAAGAUCCCCGUUUAUUCGCCACUGUGGGCGUCCAUCCUACUCGCUGCAAAGAAUUGGUGGAGGCUGAGGAUGGAAUGGCAGCACACAUGGACGAGCUCCUUGACUUGAUCAAAGAUGGGCAAAAGACAGGGAAUGUUGUUGCCAUUGGAGAGUGCGGUUUGGACUACGAUCGUUUGCAUUUUUGUGAGAAAUCUACGCAACUGAAGGGGUUUGAAGCCCAAUUUACCUUAGCUGAGGAGACAGGGUUACCCAUGUUCCUCCAUAACCGAAACUGUGGGGAGGACUUCGUCCACAUACUGCAACAGCAUCGGCACAGGUUUUCUCAAGGUGUAGUGCACUCAUUUACGGGGCCUUGCACCGAAGCACAGACGUUGUUAAGCAUGGAGAAGGUUUAUAUAGGGCUAAAUGGAUGCUCCUUUAAAACUGGGGACCAGCUUAUGACGAUCAAGAAUAGCAUCCCUUUGGAAAAGACAUUGCUUGAGACAGACGCACCUUGGUGCGAUGUACGCCCCACUCAUGCAGGGACCAAAUUUUUGACGUCGGGUGGGUCUGCGGAGGUUGCGACGUUUGAGACGGUCAAGAAGGAGAAGUGGUCAAGGGAUAAGUGCGUCAAGGGCCGCAACGAGCCCUGCCAUAUCCGGGGUGUGGCACAGAUCUUGGCUGGGAUUCAUGACACCACCUUGGCCCAUGUAGAGGAG